CUCCGCGACCUCCGCCUGCACCUCCGCGAGCCUCGCCUCCAUGCGCGCGUGCGCCUCCUCGUAGCAUACCUCCGCGAAGCAUUUGGUUUCCGCCUGCGCGAUCUUCGCCCUGGCACUAGCCUCCCGACCCCUUGCGUCUGCUUCGGUCAUUUUCCAAAUGCCAUCCACAACUUGAAUAGCCGCUGCCGUUGCUUCGCUCUGGGCCUCUAGUAAUUCCUUCUGUUCCCGGCAGGCGGCUGGCGAGUUGCAGUGCGCCAUGAGGCGUUCUAUGUUCUUGAAAUAAUCCGAUGAUUUGAUUUUGUCUGCG